UUGGACCGCGAGCGGAGCCUCGCCUCGCUCGCCCCCGGGAACGCGCGGCUCUCCUCUCUCUCUCCGCUCGCCGGCCGGCCGCCAUGAAGAUCGAAUUCGCCCCCCCCGACGUCCCGCUCCCCCGGAGGCUGCAGACGGCGGCCGUGCUCCAGUGGGUCUUCUCCUUCCUGGGGCUGGCGCCGUGCUGCAUCGUGCUGUUCUUCGUCCUUCUCUUCACGCGCUUCUGGCUGAUCAGCGCCCUAUACGCCGCCUGGUGGUUCGUCGACUGGGACACACCCUCGCGCGGCGGGAGGCGGCUCAACUUCCUGUGCGACCUGUCCGUCUGGUACCACAUGCGGGACUACUUCCCUGUGCGGCUGGUGAAGACGGCGGACUUGGACCCGCGGAAGAACUACGUGUUCGGGUUUCACCCCCACGGAAUCCUGGUGGCCGGGGCCUUCACCAACUUCUGCACCCUGUCCACGGGGUUCCCCUCGCUGUACCCCGGCCUGACCCCCCACCUCCUCAUGCUGCCGCUGUGGUUCAGGGCACCCUUCUUCAGGGACUACAUCAUGUUUGCAGGUCUGGUUCCCUCGGACAAGGACAGCGCCAGCUACCUACUGCAGCGGCCGGAGGGAGGGAAGGUGGUGGUCAUCGCUGUGGGCGGGGCCCCGGAAGCCCUAGACGCCCGCCCGGGCGCGUACACCCUGCUGCUGGCCAAUAAGAAGGGCUUUAUCAAACUGGCAAUGGAGCAUGGGGCCCCUCUGGUGCCCGUUUUCUCCUUCGGGGAGAAUGAGCUCUUCAACCAGGUGGACAACCCACGCGGCACUUUGCUGCGAUGGGUCCAGGAGCGGCUGCAGAGGCUCAUGGGAGUCUCGCUGCCCCUGUUCCACGCCCGCGGGGUCUUCCAGUACAGCUUCGGGCUCAUGCCCUUCCGGAAGCCCAUCCACACCGUGGUGGGGAAGCCCAUCCCGGUGCAGCAGAACGAGAAGCCCACGGACGAGGAGCUGAACGACCUCCACGAGCGCUACAUGAGCGAGCUCUCCCAGCUGUUCGAGGAGCACAAGGGCAAAUUCGGGGUCCCCGAGGACAAGCACCUCACCUUCGUCUGAUGGACCACCACCACCACCGCCUCCUCCUCUUCCUCACCCUCAUCCUCCUCCUCAGGCACACCGGGCCAGAAACACGAUGGAUCAGCUUCGCGGUAUUCCAGACGGGAUUCCCGUUAGUGUGAUUGACACAUCGCUCCGCGUUCCCGGUAUUCCAGGCUGGACCCCUGCCCCCGCUCUCGCGGAACUGAAAUUGGAAGGGGGCUCAUUCGGGACUCACAGAGAACGAUCAGGAAAUGCAUUACUUAAUUAUGACAAUGAUGAUGAUGAUAAUGAUGAUGAUGUUGACAGCAAGAAACUUGUUAUUGAUUAUUUCAUGUGAUCCUUAAUGUGUCCCUUUCGCAGACACUGUAAAUACCCCACCCUUAGCUGCCACCUAAAAUAGCCGAACUUCUGAGCUGAUUGUAUAGUCAAUAUAAUUUCAUGCUGCUUUGAACUCUUCCCCAUCUAAGUAUAGUCUUUCGGGGGAAAAAAAAACCUGAAUAAUAACCAGAAAAAGGCUGUUUCAUAGCUUUCAUCUUUCUUGCUCUUGCUCUCUCUCUCUCUCUCUCUCUCACUCUCUCCUGCUAAAUUCAAAAUUCUAAUUCAGAAAUCCUCUGUUUGACAGUUUGCAGGACAGGAGCACUGCAGUACGUGCACGGACAUAAUGCCAUGACAUCCCUCUCAAUAAUUGUGAGCACUAAAUUAAAGUGUGAUACGUCAGUACACAAGUAUGGAGUUCUUCAUGGGUGGGAUGCUUUCGUUACACUUAAACCAAUGAAGGGGAGCCAGCUCUCAAAGCCAGAUACCUCCUCAUUAAUCUUCAUAGAGGUGACACUGUCUUUGCUAGCUAUUGCAAAAUGCUUGCAGAUCACGACAAGUGCGAACGCAACUUUCAUGAGCAUUGCCCUCUACAAAGAAUUCUUGUCCCCGAUCAGUUUGGAAGAAAUUCACACUGCAGUUAUGGUAUUUUCCCACAAACAAACUGCUGCUUAAACAAAUGCUGCUUGCCAAAUAACACAAUUUUCCUACAUGUUUCUAACACCUUACAAAACCACUUUGAAAUAUAUUUUGUGUUUACGAUUCUUUGAAAAUUUGUUCCAAGAAAGCAGAACUGUUUUCCGAGUGUGAGAGCUGUAAAAUACCAAUGCAUAUGCGAUAAUAAAUCCGACGGUAUUAAGUA